GUAGGGUGAAUGUAAGAUGAAUACAUGGUCAUAUUCAUUUCAGCUUCUGCAUCUGAUUUGCUGGGUCAUGUUUCUUUGCAGCAACUCACUGGAUCAUCUAUAUUCUGUCUAAAUUAGCAAGUACUUUGGCAAAAUAGAAACAGGUUAGUAUAUUGAAGAAAUAUGUACUGAGGCUCCUUACACCUCCAGUAUAGCCAGGUGGAUGUUUUUUAUUUUGAACUACUUUAGUCCAGUUCCCUGGAUUAAACAUCCCCUCUAUACUGUGGUUCGAAGCUGUUCAAAAGAAAGCUAUCCCAGAAAUAUUCCUUGACUGCAGGUCAAGCAUUGCACUGUCUCAUGCAUUUUAGUGCCCCUUAUCAUCCUCAUCCACAUGAAACCUUUCACACAAAAGCCUUAUUUCUGUUACUGCUUGUACUUUUUCUGAGUGACAACACAGUGUCUCUUGUCUGACUCACUGCCCCACAUUGUUCACUGCAAGGCGCUCUAGCAAAGGGAAUAGCAGACUUAAUCCUGCAGCUGCAUUGGAGCAGCUAUUCUGGAAGGAUCCCUCCCCCCCAGCCCCAAGAACUGAUGCCCACCUUCCUGAUCCACCUGUUUUGGGGGGAACAAAGCACUUGGAAUUGUUUUCCUAGAGUCCUUGCUACUGAGACAGACACAGGAGAUGAGCUCAGACUGGUGAGACAAAAUCAUCCUUAAGAUACUGGAUGACCAGCAGUGAAUGCAAAACCUUCCAACUACAACAGACACCGCUGAGGCUCUCAGUUAUGAGCAGGUUCUAUUGUUUCGUUGUUACCGCAUACAAUAUCUGUGUUUGAGAGAGCAGACAUAGCAACCCCACACUCCUGCGUGUCACUGGGUAAGCCAUUUGGAGCGGGCAAGUCCACAGUGGCAAAGUGGUGAAUGAGGUUUCCAAGACCUUCUUCCAAACCAUCUUUCUUUGAAUAGCACAAAUUGGAGUUACUGACAAAAUCUCCCAGGGUUUUGCGCUCUGAGUGUCUGAGCUGCCCUGAUGUUCUUAAUAGGAGUCCAGUGACCAGUUCAGGGGAAACACAACUAUUACAAACUGCAAGCACUAUGAGCCCCUUGUUAUUGAGGUCUUGAUGGACCACGAGGUAGAUUUUUGAAUGACUUGGUAGACUUCAGUGUAUGGAUUUGGUCAUGAAAGAUGCCUGUGUGUUUUAUAACUCCAGCUUCAGAAAGGGUAGGGUAAUGUUUUCUUUUCCAUACAACGACAAGCUCAUUCAUGGCCAUUGGGGAACUAUCUGCAUUGUGGACACUGACUCCAUUCUGGAUUAUGGAUACUGAAUACUUUCUGUACCACUGGCUUGUGAGGCUGUACCUUAACAGUGUUGAACCCCAUGCUCAUUUUAACUAUGCCCUUAUUUCUUGUAGGGUUCAAGUGGAAUGUGCAUGUGGUCAUCUCACUGCAAGAUCCUGAUCCCUAUGUGACAAAUGCAGUGCCAGUGUUCUCUGUUCUAUGUGUGCCUUCUGCACAAAGAUUAGAAAGGAGCAGAUUCCCAAUAUCUGUCAUUUGUUCAUCUCCAGCUGAGUGGGGUCUCUCAGAACCCUACUAGAUUUCCUAAAGUUUGCAUGUUUCACUCAUGUUAGUCCUGAUGCUACUUCAUCCGCCAUUACUUUUGAGCAAGCAAAAUUCUCUCUUCCCUAACUUGCUGUGUCCUUUUCACCUUUACUGCAUAUCUUAGCUUUGACUGGUGCUUCCAAGGCUCACCAUUUGGGGUCCAAGAGCUGCAUUUGGUAGUGCUGAUGGAAGAUGGAGGUACCUCCUGCAGAAGCUCCUGCAGAGCCUACUGGUCCUAAGCCUCAGCCAGUUUGACAUAAAAAAUUGCUGGCAGACACCAUCAUCAUCAUAAUCUGUGGAGGAGAGAAAAACAAGCCUUGAGUGUCUGAAGCUACAAUGUGCUGUUCUGUUGCCUAUGGUCAUCUUUCCACUGGUUCUCCAGGACAGAGUUCUGUGCACAGUGGUGAAAGUAGUGGAGUAAACCUGUUUCUGCCCUAUUUUUGGUGACAGAUAAAUGAGGUCAAGCUCUGAAUAACACACAAGGUAUUGUCAAAUUACCAUUGCUGCUCACUCCCAGUGACUGAGCAUUGGCAACUACGUGACUUCUUGUGCUUUGCAGGAAUGAGGAGGGAGAAGGGACAAGUGUUAGUGCAACUGUCAUGCCAUCCACUAGAGAGGGCACAUUGCUUCCAGCUUCCAUUGCUGCUCCCCUCCAUUGAGGAAUACAGCAUCAGACAGCAUUUCCAUCCAUUUCAUCCAACGGCUCCAUCAUCGGUUCCUGGUUCCUUUCUUUUUCCUUCUUGCUCUGUUUCCCAGUGACUUUCACCUGCUGCUUCUCAGAAACAUGGACUGUUCAAGGGAAUUGUGGUCAGGAUAAAUACAGGAUCUGCUGUACAAACUCAGGAAGUGCAACAACAGUGAAUAUAGGAAGAUGGAGGUACCUGUAAGCCAUCACUGUCUAAACUCAGCUGAGCCCCAUAAACAGGGGAAAGUUGUGCUUAGUUAAUUCUACUGCCAGCCAAUUGCAGAUGGCAAUUGCUACGCUGCCUGGUCAAUCUUUCUUUUAAUUUCUUGUGUGAUUGUUCAUGCACCAUAUGCUGGCUGUCAUUAAGAGAAAAUUAAUCCGGCUUUAAAACCAAAUGGGUUCUUAAGUAAAUGAUUUGCUAUCAGUGCAGCUAGUAUUCAAGCCAUGUGCACACAAGGUUGUAAACACUUUCCACUUCUAAGUUACAUUUCUUCUUCCAAUUUCCAAGUCAAUUGCUAUAUUUCUCAUUUUCUCUAUCUGUUAUGCAACUGUUUGCUGAACUACUGAAACAAGAGGUUAGGAAUAUAUGGCUGAACUAAUGUUAUGACUCCAGUGUUAGAUCUGGUCUUCAAACACAUUUUGUUUGUUUCUUUUACUGCUGUCCACGCUUGUUUUCAUGUUGUUUCUGCCUUCACUUUGUGGUUUGCCUCCUGUCUAGGCAUGCUGCUUUCCUUGCCAAAUGCACAUUCAGUGUCCUAAUUACAGCUGUUGCUAGUUAUGGAUCUUGUCCACCCUAUAAACAAGUUAAGAUGCAACAGCAAUUUGCCAUCUAUCAUUUGUCCUUGAUAGUCCAUAUUCUGCAUAUCUAUCCUAGGCUAUGAAAAAUGCAAAGUAUUAUGACUUGAUUUAAAUUUCUGUCAAUGCCAGUCCUCUCACUUUUCUGUUAGUCAAGCAUUUAGAGUUACUGCAGGUUGGCUGAUAUGUGAUAACUUGUUACCUUGCAGAAUUUGUGCUAUAGCUAGGCUCAAGGUGUCCGGAUACUCCAACUUCCUGAAGCUGGGGUUGUAAUAUGCUGUGGUGGGGUGGCUGCUCUAUGAAAAGUGCAUAUAUAUCUAGGGAUUGUUUUUCCAGGCUCAGGGCUCUGAUUUUUGUUGUCAGUUAAUGUACCCUGAUGACCUUGUUCAAUCUGUGCUCUCGGAUGGGCGCCUUUUCCUGGCCAGUUGAUACAUUCCUUGAUUCACCUAGUCCCCUAAGUGCGAAGCAUAUAUCUGUUGAUUUAUGCUUGCUCUUUAAUCUACUGCUAUCGCUGCUUCAUCCCCUCUAAACAGAGUUCUGUCUUUUGCAAGUAGAUUAUCUCUUACUUCUUAGGAGGGUGCAGCAGACUUGACAUCUGACCAUCCUUGCAAUACUUACAGCGCAAUACUUACAGCUAGAGUGCUAUGGACUUUGUUCGCUUUCUUGGAACCUCCACAAGCAGAUGUGAAUAUAUUGCUAUAUGUUUGUAGAUUAUCUCCUGUUAUACGCAGAAACUGAUGAGCUUUCAUCCUUUCUCAGAAGCAUUUUUUUGGUUGUACCAGUGAAGCACUUCCACCAGUUAUUCUGAUGCUUCAGACAGUGGCAUGUCACUGCAUGUUCAUCUCCUCCAGAGAUAAUAACAAAAACUUCAAUUUCAUUUUCUUAUUAAUUAUCAAAAGUGGGCACUUAAUACCAGGUAUUAAGUACAAUAAUAAAAAAGACUACAUAUUUGUUAAACUAAACUGGUUCUCUGUUAUCAUAACUAUCCUUAUAGCAUUGCAAUUAGCUGGCUUUUCUCACAUCUGUGCAAACUCACUCCUGCAUCCCACUAAUAGGAGGAACAUGGUGCUAAAAGGGCCAUUAUUAGAUACAUGUUAUAUAACCGCUUUACUAACCUUCCAAAUUUCCAUCUUAAAGAAGUUAGCUUUUCUGCUCUUGUGUAGAAAGCUGUUCCAGAAGCUGAUGAUCUGAUGGUUAAAAAUCUAAUUUCUAGGUGUAGUUAAUUCAUGGACAAUCUAUAUGCAUUUCUUGAUCAUGUCCUCAAUCCCCCACCCUCAUCUUCUAGUGAAUGUGUAUAUUAUGUUCCCUUUCACAAGCUGUUCCCUUCAGGUCAUGCCCUGCAUGUGAACCCGUUUGAAUUCAUCUUUCUUGAACAUGUGACCAGCAUUAUACACAGAAAUCCAGGUGAGAUCUCUUCAGUUUUGGCUGGUGGCACUCAUCUUUCCUUACCUCUCCAGGAGUUCCUUCUGCUAAUGCCUCUCUAAAGUUCUUUUCUCCUGCAAAUUCUGCAUCUCCCUCUGUGUUUCAUCUGCAUGACUCUUAUUUUAUUUUUCAGGUAUAAUUCUCUGAGGCCACACUUAAGAGUAAUAACAAGUUGUGAUGCAUGAUAUUUUGAUUCAUUUAAGGCUGUCUCUGUCUCUGUCUUAGAAAGAAGGCUUACUGCUGCUCUGCUUUAGAUGGAAUUAGAACUGUAUAACUACAUGUCUAUGUACAAUUAACUGCUGCUAAUGUGGUAGAAACUAGUGGUUUUUAAAGGAGAAAAAUUUAAGUAUAUACUUUUUUUAAUCCUUUGAAGCUGAGUUGCCAGGAAAUGUAGUGUGGUUGCAAUGAAGAUGUUCAAAGUGAUACAGACUUGUUAAAAUAAUGAAUGAUGAUAGAGAAUAAAUAAUGACUGAAAAAGGACAAAGGAAAUGAAAUUGCUUACAUUACAUAUAAUCCAAUGUAUCUUACACCUGGCAAUAUCAAAAGCUAACCUAUGUUAAGCAACGUGUAUGACUUUGUUCUUUAAAUCUUGUGUAUCCAAGAAACACAUACUUCUUUGUUGCUUUACUUGAGAGAUCUUUAUGUGCUUGUUUUAUUUCUCAAAAUGAGUCACUUUAAAUUACUGCUGGUGAAUUGCAACAGCCCCUACAAAUUUUCCAUACUUGAACAAGAAUUGCAUUGAUUUUUUUACAGUGUAAUAACUGCUCUUGGACUACUUCAUUAUCAUUUCUGAAAGAUCAUACUUACUUAUCAUCUUAUAAGUUUCAUCCACUUUUAACCUUGAUAACUGCUACAAGUGACAUCUUAUUCUAUGCAUUUCGAUUGCUAUGAUCUGAGGAAUGUACACGCUUUACAUAACCUAGGAUGUAAUUUACCAUCAUUAGACAGUAAAUAAAUUUCAGUUUUUAGAGAAUGAGGACACUUCCUGACUUACCAUUAGGUCCAUUUGUAUUACUAUUAAAGUCUAAAGGAGACUGAAAAUUGCCAUAAAGCAACAGCGAAGAAAACUUUAAGGAUGAGGGACUUCUGGACUAAUACUAAGUUGGCAAAGUUGGUCCUGUAAAGCUCUCUUUUAGCUAAACCCCUGGAAAUACAAAAAAAGUUUUUGGUUGAGAGUCGCAAGAUCCAUUAGUCUCCUGGAACUGUUUCGUUUUGUGAAAAUAUUAAUUUUUGUUCGAAGACCUAUAAAUUUCUAGUCCUUCGAUGCUGAGAAAAACUUGAGAAUAUUCCAUUGGUGUACCCCAAAGACUCAAGUUACAAGGCAAACAAAAGCAACCUAUAUAUAUAUUUCAUAACUUCAUUAUUUUUAAGGAAUGAUUGUGCUAUUUGAUUCAUGUUACACUUUCAGAAUCUUACUCUUAAAAUAUUUUAUUUUCAGCCUUUGUUAGAAAAUAAUUGUUUCUGAUACAAUAUUUUAUUACUUUCAGAAACAUUAUUAGUGGGUCUGAUAUUUAUAACAACUGGCUAUAAUAACAUUUACAGUAUGUGUCAGAUUUUAUAACCGGCACAAUUUGAGGGGGGAAUAAAUAAAACAUUUGAGGUGCUUUAGUAUAAAUUAUACAUUAUAAGCAAAUACAUCUGAUAGUAGAUAUAUUCAUAUGGAUUGGGCAUAACAGUACAGGUCAGAACUAGUUGGCAAUAUAAGCUUCUUUAAACUACUCAUUUUCCAAACAUAGGUGUGCCUCCUCUUAUAUCAUAAUGAUUACAACAUAAAAGUACUAUGAAAGAAGCCUUGGAAAAUGCAUUUUUACUUUUGUCAUUUGAAACUAUUAGUUGCAGAGCUUGUGAGCAGGAUUCCCUGCUGAGGUUUGGCUUUCCCCACUCCGGCUCCCUGCGAGACUGAGACAGGUAAUAAAAGUGUGAUAAGACACUUUAUGAUAAUCACUUGAAUUUGGAUUUUUUUGUCUUGUCUAGUUAGGGUUCCACAGGAAAGUAGAAAUCGGCAGUGAACAGAAGACUGCAGACCUCAUUUGGGAAAGUCGGUACUGCUUACUCAAUGACUACUUCAACAGACAUGGUUUUCUCUAGACAAUGCACAUUUUUCAGUUUCCCAGAAAUGGCAAAGAGGAAUGUAGAAAAAUGAAGAAUUAUGGGAAAACUACAAAGUAGUCUAGUUUAUAUGUCUGAAGUUAAGCGUCAGAACCCAUUUUGACACUCAGGUUUGUCUGUUUUGGCCUUGGUUAGAGGAUUCUUACACUUACUUUAGUAUUGUUACUGAUAGUUUGGUAUAGUAACAAAAAAAACCCUGAAGAGGCAAUAUUCCUAGUACUCAAAAUGCAGUUACAAGAUAUACUGUAUUUGUUAGGUUGCUGAUGGCAUCUGGCCACCAGCUGUACAACAUACUGGAUAUUAUGAAAUUAUCAUAUGUAAGCACAGUAUGUUGUACUACAUCUUCCAACUUGUAGAAAUUAUAACUGGCAUACUGAACAAAUGCAAUAUUUAAUGGUGUUAUACAUGAUUUUUUUUCUCCUUUUCAGACCCUUACAAAACUGUCCAGUGCAGGUGUGAGUACUGUAAUUCUGAAUAUAGUUCUUAUAAAUGGCUGACUUUUCUUAGUUACUUUGUGCAGGCUUUUUUUUUUCAAUUAGGUCACAGACUUCCAGCAUUGAAAAGGCUAUGACUUCUAUAUUUGACAUGUUAACCUGUCCUUUUUAAAUUUGCUGGGUCUGAUGCAGAGCACCUUCCCAAUGUUGCUGCCAAAUGCUUUGUGUUUCACAUAACACAUCAUAUUUCUGUCUCCCUUUUGGGACAUUGUGUGCUUCAGUCUCUGUUUUUCUAGUGUGCAGGCUCCUCCCCUUAAACCUGGAAAAGACUUAAAGCAAGCAGCUGUGCUGCCUGCAUGCACCUCCCUUCUUGGGAUGUCCUGAAAGACUGGCUUUGUCCCCAUGCCUGCUGCUAAGAAAGAAGUUGGACUCCUGCUUCUUGCUAUGCAGAGCUGAAAAGUGAAUCAACCUUUGGGCUGUCAUUUCCUGGCACUUGUGGUCUUCCUGCUUAUUCAGGAAUGGAGAAAGUGGUUGCUUGUUCGUACAAAAGGCCAAAUGCUCUUUAUAGGCUGAUUUGCUUUCCCUGGGCUGGAGGUGGAACUUCUCAACUUGCUCAAUGGGGCAGACUCUUCAGCAGUUCAAUAGAAGUGUACUCUGUAAGGCUUCCUGGAAGAGAAUGUCGUACUAACGAGCCUUUUGCACAAGACAUGACAAGUGUAGUUAAUGAAAUUACAAGUGUAUUGUUAAAUGAUCUGCAAGAAAAACCAUUUGCAUUUUUUGGUCACAGUUUUGGAUCAUAUAUUAGUUUUGCAGUUGCGCUACACUUGAAAGAAAAAUAUGGACUAGAGCCGAUCCACCUUUUUAUAUCAGGGGCACAUGCACCACAUUCUGAAGCUUUUCUUCCCCUCAAAACACUCCAUGAUGUAGAGGAUGAAGCCAUUAUUGCACACAUAAAAAUGUUAGGGGGAACUCCUUUUGAGCUGCUGCAAAGUGAAGACUUCAGGAAAAAUCUGAUUCUUACUUUAAAGGAAGAUCUUAGAGUUCUUCAGACAUUUUCUUUUGAGAAGGCAGAAAGGAAUAUUCCCCUUUCCUGUGACAUCACCUGCUUUGAUGGGUCUGAAGAUACAGCACAUGAUUUAGAAGCAUAACUGUACCUGGAUUUCCAAUGAGCCCACAAAAUGCUUCAGCGAGCUGAAAUGUUAUGCCCAUCCCUAAUUAUUCACCAGAAACUGCCAAGGACCACAUAAA